AGAAAUAUUUGAAGGUAUGUUUGGACACAAGUAGAGUAGGAAAAUAUGUUAGGAAAUUUUUUAUAUUAAAUUUAUGAGACGGCGAUGCAAGAAUAUAGCGAUAUAAGGCCUCAACCGUGCGUAUUUUUUUCUGCGCCAUAAAUUGAAGGUUUUUAUAAAGGGGUGGGGAUCCGUAGUUCUCUGAACUGUCCCAAUAUUUUUUUCCAGAGAGCUACAGAUCUGCAGCUAGCUCUAGAUUGAUGAUGAUCUUCCAAAUGAUUUUUGGGUGGAUGGGUGAGAAGGUUUUUUGCCAAUUUGAAUUUUGUUAGACUUUAGAAUGUGUUCUAAAUGCAAACUAUUCGGGAGUAAUUUUUGCGAACACAUUGCACUGAGAUAACAUAUAUGCAGAUGUUCGGAAUAUCUUGUGCUAGAAAUUGUGCGCGUGACCAUUUAUACUAGACAGUAUCUCUGCUUUCUCAAGUACCUACAGGAACAUAACGAGUGAUUGAAUUUGAUAAUUAAGAUUCUCAAGCAUUUGAAGACACACAAAAGAUGCUCCAAUGAACAAAUCUUCCAAAAGGAAUACACACGCGACCAAAAUUUUCUUCUAAAACCCCAAGUCUUGCCGUGAAAAUAGGGGAAAACAAUUACUGAUUCGCGACGGGAGUCUUUCGCGUCGCUGAGUCGUCAAGUGCCCGCGAUCGUAAUAGUUUAUUGUGCAUUGACAGCGACAGUAUGGAGAUGUCAUAUGCUAUUGGGGGAAAACAAGGCGAAGAUUUCGCCACUCGGAACUUAUGGCCCAGUAGCGAACAACGGGAUUUUAAUUGCCUAUCGCAGUUGAUUUUGACAUUUAAUUAUCUUAAGAUAAAAAGAGUGGGUAUAUAAACCCCUCCCGAUCGUCGCAAAAUUAUGUCUAAACAUCAACAUUCGGAUUCAUUUCUGCAGUUUCCCCUUAAGACUAAUUUCUAGCGAUUACUUUUCAAUAAUUUUAGAAUUACAUUUCAAAGACAUGAAAUUUCGGAUUUUUAUAAAAUCCCACUAUGUUCUGAUGUUCAUUUGAAAUGGAAUUUUCUCAAACUAUACCUGUACGAUUUUACGAAUAUUGCUGCGCUUUUGAAGAGGAAAUUGAAAACUGUUGCAAAAAUAUCACCAAAGACUUUAUUUCCGGUGCUAAUUUCAACGCGAGACCAUACAAAUUAUACCAUUAUCCAAACCAUAACGAAGUGUUUGAAGAUACAGGGGACUCCAGAUUACCUCCCUUUGGUGACGAGAGUUCAGAAAAACCACCCAGAAACGCUGCAAAUUUUCGAGAACGUCAAAGGAUGCUUAAUAUCAACACUGCGUUUGAAGAAUUGAGACUUCACGUGCCUACAUUUCCUUAUGAGAAGCGUUUGUCAAAAAUCGACACCCUUCGUCUGGCUAUAGCAUACAUCGCUUUACUCAGAGACUUGCUGACUACGAACGUUCAGGACCCCAUUGAUUACGUGGAGGGAAUCCUGCAUUCUCCAAACCUUGCGGAAUCCCAGGUGCUUUGGAAUACAAGCGACUUAACAGCAAGGAUUGCCUGGAUUAAAUGGGAUAAUCUAGGUGUGCACCGCAGACAGAAGCCAUCUUAUCAGUUCCAGACGUAGACCUGGGAGGAGGAAGCUUUGCUACACAUGCGCAUUGACCUACAUAAACGAUUUUCCCCGUGAAGAAAUGACUUGAAGGUUCAUGCAUGUGCACUGUGUAUAUUUAUUUAUUUAUUUUUGCCUGUACUAGUUAGCUAUUAUACACAUUUACUUAAAAAAAUGUUUAUUUAAAUGUCAAAUAAAUUAUUUUAUGAUAAUUAUGUUUCCCUGUUAAUUAAUGCACGUUGAAACAUUUUAAACCAACUCUAGAAGUUAAUUUCGAUCAAACAAUUUUUUUAAAAUUUUUUUUUUUAAGUUUCAAGAUUUUUAUUUAUGAAACAAGACAAAACAUAUACAAAUAUACAAAAGAAAUGAAAUGCAUGUAUAAGAUACAAUGUGUAUAAGAUAUGGUUAUUAUUUUACCAUGAAAUCAAAAUACAGUAUAUGUCAAACAAUUGUAGUUAUUAAUUUACAUCAACAUAAUUUCAAGUGACGGAAUAAUACAUAUUUGGCAGUUGUGUAUGAUAAAGAUAAGGUGGGUUGUUGUUGUUUUUUUCAAAAACGCCACGCUGCCACAAUGAGUCCACACAAACAAAAUUUAAAAAAAAACGAAGUUCCAUCACUUAGCAGUAUGAAAGAUUUUAAUUCUAUGUACAUGUAUUUUUUUUCUGUGUACAUGUAUCGUAAUUAGAAGUGCGGGCUAACGGAAGUGAUACCUCAUUAUCAAUAUCCCCAAAGGAUAGAACCUGCAUGCGAGUUAAUUCUCUUUUAUAAUUAGCAUUGUUUGUGAAUUCUUUUCUUUGUCUAGUCAAGUGGACAAUAUGGGAAAAAAAGAGAAACAGAAUUAUGAAGGAACAAGACUAAAUUAUUCAACACUAUUGAUCGCAUUAAAAGUGAACUGACAUUAAUUAUUUUUUUCUAUUAAUUUUAGGAAAUUUUUAAGGAUUUUUUUUUGUGUUGUUGGAUGGAAGUAUACCACGAAAAAAAAAAAAGACAGAAAACUGCUUCAUUGCUCGUAACGCAGGAUGCAAAGUUUGCCGUCUUCUUUUUUUCGUGGUGUACUUCCAUGCAACAAAUAUAACUUCAUUCCUAUCAUUCAAAUAUUUUUAAAACAUUGAGUUUAAACGAUGUAUUCUUGGACUACAUUCUCUGUCAUUUCGAGAUGGGCGUAUCAACAACUGGAAAUACAUGAACUAAAUUCGUUAAUGGCGGCUUCCACGAAAUGUUUACUGUUGAGCAAACGGGUUUCUUGUGAACUGAAAAGUGCAGUUUUGAAAGGAUGAGUUAGAGAUUAGUCCUGUAGAGAGAAAAUGGCUGACAUUUUGUUGAGUGGAAUUUACUUAUUCGGUACCCACUGCAAGCGUGGGACAUGUGUAUGACCAGAGACCAGACAGGUAGGGUUCUCUUGAGAGUUGCCACGGCUUCCAGGUGGACCAAUGAGUUAUGUAGAACGUCUUGCGAGUUUUACCAGUGAAUUGCUAACUUUAGGCAUUGCUUUUGAUGAUCACCACAAAGCCUAAUUAUUUCAUCAUACUUUAUUACCAUGAGAUAGUGAAGAUGAUAAACGGGGAUCAGUCUCAUAAUUCUAAUAAAGAAUGUAGAAUUAAGAGAAAGGCAAACACAGACUCCUGGCCAUACCAGAGGUGGGAUUAGGUGCCUAGGAGGAGUAAGCAUCCUUUAUUGACCGGUAACACCCGCCCUGAGCCCUAUAUAUUGAGCAGGUAAACGGAGUAAUCCGUAGUCAAAAUCAAUAUGUAAAGAACGGCGUAAUAAUUGGUAUGUUCAAAACACAUAAAAAAGCAUUCGUUUUGAUGAUAGGUUCUAUUUGUAAAUUGGAUCGUUAUAACGACCAUAGAAUAGUUUCCGCCGUGGCCAUUACUCAACUAGGUGACGAAUUGGGUAUAGAAAAAAAGCUUUUUAAAAAGGCAGUUCCAUCGUCACCUUAAAAGUAUCGGUGCAUUGUACCAGAAGUUCUAAGGGGGACCGGCAGUGCUGCUGACCUUCGUCAAGGUCGUCACAUAUUGGUAUCGCAUUUAAGGAAUACGGAACUAAACUCAAAAGGAACAUUUAGAAGAAUCUUGGGUACAUAUGGCAGAACAAUUAUCGACCAAACAGUCUGACGGAGAGGGGGUUAGACCCUGUAGACAGUUGGCGCAGUUUUGACACAUGACACAUUUCAUACCGCUCCUGUGAAUAAUUUUACCUUUAAAUAUUAUGUUUUUUUAUCCAGAAAAUCCUCAACUAGUUGGGAUAGAACAGAAAACGUGAAAAGUAGGUUAAUCAGAUAUAUAAUGAGUGAUACAAAAAAAGGAUUCAUUGUGCAAUUUUCCUUAUGAAAUCAGUUCUUAAAAUGUAAUUUUGUUAUGUUAAUUUUUUAAAUUAUUCACAGUUUGAUGCCAGGGAGACUACAUUACCCAUGACUUUUCGCGCGCACUGAGAAUUUAUAUUCAAAUAUCAAGAUUAUAACCUUGAAUGUGUACAACAUUGUAGAUAUCUUGAUACACAUUUAGUGCAUCAGGUAUUUUCUCCUUUGCUCAAAGUGAGUUAAAUAUAAAAAAGCUCUAAAACAUAUUUCAAACUACAAAAAAUUCUAUCAAUGAAUCCUAAAAUCAAAACAUCUCUAAAUGUACUUGAUCACACAAUUAAACCAAUUCUUUUAUAUGGAUGCGAGAUUUGGGGAUCAUUCAAUUGUAAAUCUAGUAAAUUCAGAAAGGAGGAUAAUAUCUUAUUGGAUCAUAUUUACUCUAAUACCACAUGUGAAAAGCUUCACACAAAGGAAUGUAAAUUUCUUCUUGGUGUGCAUAAAAAAUCAACAAAUUUUGCUGUUUUAUGGGAACUUGAUAGAUUCCCACUACACUUUGACAUAGUAAAAAGUAUUGUUAGGUACAUGUAUUGGUAAAGACUAGAAUGCUUAAUUGGAAGAAGAUCAGAGUGAAUUUCCUUUACUCAUAAAUGCAUGCAUUCUAAGAAGCUACAUACUGAUAACAAAUUUUCUUGGUAUACAUCACUACAAAUUAUUUUAGAAAAUAUACCUUUAAACAGAAUGAAAGGGAUGUUUAAACAACAAGAGAAAGAUUAGCAAAUAUGCAAUUCAUACAAUUUUGAAGGAUACCUACAUAAGAUAAUGGCAUAAACAUUUGGGCGACCAUAGGGAUGGUAAACGACGAACUUAUGUCAAAAUUAAAGAUCAAUAUGGUUUUGAGAAUUAUCUUAAUAUCAUUGAGAAUUUUGAGUCAAUGAGAUUCCUGAGUAAGUUUAGAAUAUCUUCCCACCAUUUACAAAUUGAAGUUGGAAGGUAUCAGGGUAUCCCAGCACAUUUGUGAUUCUGUUCAAAAUGUGAUUUAGCACCAACUUCCCGAACCUUGAUUACUUUGAGAAGCGUGUAUGGCUAUUUACAAUUGAAAAUGAGUCAAUCUUAAGAAUACUAAGUCAAUUUAUAUCAAAACACUGUAGAUGACUUUGAAUAAUUUUGUAUUGAACUGGAACUCUUUAUCUAAUAUAAUAGUGCUUUUGUUGCUUGUCUAGACAUGAGGAGAAAUGCUGCCUUCUAUGCAAGUCAUAUUAUAUAUUGGACAAGGAUUACGCAAUUCCUAAUGCAUCGUCCCUUGAUGUCUUCUGUUGAUUGGCAACCUAUAAUACAUUCUUAUUCAAUAAUAUUUUCCCAUGUAAUCCAACAUUUUUUCCCAUUUUCUAUUUGAUAUGAUACAUGUAUUAUUGAAUUGCUGAUAUACAUUAGAUAUGAGGAGGAAUGCUAUCAGAAUAGUUGCAACUACUGAGACAUACAUAUCGGAAAGCACUGUCCCUACAUAUCUUUGUAGACUGGUAUGUCAUACCUAUCGCUUUCCUGGUGUAAGGGAGAUAAUUCAAAUUACUCAUUACUUUGCCUCACCUACAAUAUAGACUACGUACUAUUCUUUAUAUGUUUUCAAUAUUGUUUAUAUUGAUGUGACUUUUCUUGUCCUCUUGUAUGUUUACAAAUCAUGAUCAUUUUUUGUAUCUAUGUUAUGCCCCCAGUGAUUGGCAAAUAAAUCUAUUCUAUUCUAUAUUACCUUGAUUGAUUUCUCAAUUUGUUGCUUUGUUGUGUUAUAACACGACAAAUGAUGUCCUAAAAUGACAGUUUAACAUCUCUCUCAAACUUUACUUACACUUAUCACACAAUAUUUUGAAUAGCAUUUUUGACCUGUCACGUUUUAUGAAUUUAUUUUAGUCUUUAGGAUAAACAGUGGAUGUUAAAUUCUAGUCAUUUUAUUUCAUUUGAGAGAGAAUCU